AUGCGCGUCUCAUUACUCACUGCCCUGGCAGCCACCGUCUCGUGCGCCUCAGCGGCCCUGACCUGGUCACUGGAAAAGUCCCCGAACCCAACCGCAGACGAAGCCAGCGCCUAUAGCCUGAUCGAGGCCGCAAUGACAGCAGCUGUCGCCCGCCACGCCCGCCUCGGAGACGCUAGCAAAACCCUCCACGUCUACUACUCCCCCGGCGUCCCCACCGCCGAAGCCAACUACAACGGCGACAUUCGAUUCGGCAGCGAUCGCAGCUACAUGAACGAGCGCACGGCGCUCCACGAGAUCGCGCACACCCUCGGUGUUGGGCAGACAGCUGCCUUUGACCAGCUUUGCGCGAGCGGCAACUGGCCGACUGCUCUUCCGCUGCUCCGGUCGUGGGACGGGUCGGAUGCAGUGAUCAACUGCGGUGGGGGGCAUUUUUGGCCGUAUGGGCUUAACUACGAUAACGAAUGGAGCGAGACAAAUGGCGAUCGGAAUGUUUUGUUGGUGAAUGCUAUGGUUGCUGAUGGCAUGUAG